UUUCAUAAUCAGGCGCAGAGGCCGUCGGCAAAAAGAGCCCGCAUUAAAAUCUCGUGCAAAAUGCUGACGCAGAUGAAGAGCUUGACGACGGGAAAGCUGCAGGACGACAGACGGUCGAAACAGCAGCUGAUGUCGUCCUCGAGCCUGUCUGGGAUGUCGCAACUGUCCAACAGCAGCGAGGAAGCUCUCGAGCCGUUUGUCCAUCACAAGCCGAACGGUGCCGAUAAGACGGACAGCAAAGCAAAGGACAGAAGCAGCCAGACGAACGAGUGGCUGCUGAGUGGCCCGAGCAACAGCAAAAGCCCGAUGCUGCGCUUCAAAUGUUCGGCACUGGCCGAGCCUCCGGAAGACCCGCCCGCGAAACAGCUUCACAUGACGUACAAGAUCUUCAUGACCGACACGAAAUUGGUCAACCUGCUCCUGCAGUCCCACGGUUUGACGGAGGUCUCCAUCAACGAGCCGACGUUCAACAUUUUGUGGAUAGGCAACCACCCAAAGCCGGACGUACUUCGUAAUCUUCUGCCUUACCAAAAAGUCAACCAUUUUCCGAGAUCGUACGAGAUAACGCGAAAAGAUCGGCUGUACAAGAACAUAGAGGCGAUGCAGCGCAGCAAGGGCACCCGCAAUCUCGACUUCAUACCGCAGACGUUUGUCCUGCCGAACGAGGCGCGCGAGCUCGUGACCGCCCAUUUCAGGUACAGGGGCCCCUGGAUCGUCAAACCCAAGGCCAGCUCCUGCGGCCGCGGCAUUUACAUCGUCAACAGCCCGGAGAAGAUCCUGACGGACGAGUCGGUGAUAGUCGCCCAGUACAUAAACAACCCGCUGCUGGUGGACGGCCACAAGUGCGACCUGCGGUUGUACGUGGCCGUGACGAAUUACGAUCCACUGGUCAUUUAUCUGUACGAGGAGGGCCUCGUGCGUUUCGCCACUGUCAAGUACGACGGUGGCAACCAGUACGUGUGGAAUCCGUGCAUGCACCUCUGCAACUACAGCAUCAACAAGUUUCACGUCGAUUACGUCAAGAGCGAGGAUCCCGACGCGGAGGACGUUGGCCACAAGUGGACCCUGUCGGCACUCCUGAGGCACCUGCGCUCCAUCGGCCAAGACACCGAACUGCUCAUGCAACGGAUCGAGGACGUCAUCAUCAAGUCCAUCCUCGCCACCGCCUCCGGAAUAAUCAGCGGCAUCAAGCAGUUCGUCAAGCAUCCCGACACCUGCUUCGAACUGUUUGGCUUCGACAUCCUGAUCGAUGACACCCUGAAACCCUGGCUGAUCGAGGUCAACUUCAUGCCGUCCCUCGGCUGCGACUCGCCGCUGGACGUCCGGGUCAAGUCAGCCCUCAUAGCCGACCUCCUCACCCUCGUCGGGGUCCCAGCCGUCGACCCCAUACUCCGGCCAAAGACCACCCAGCCCAACAGGCUCAUCAAUCCCGCCAAGCGAAUGUCCAGUUGCAGGAGGGUUCACUCGGCCGAGACGUUGAAUCAGAAGAAGAAGCCUGCCACUGCCAAACCGGGUAACACCAAGUCCAGCCUGAGCUCCGAGCAGCAACGAAUAUUGGCCUCGGCCAGGGCCCAGUUUGAGCGCAGGGGUGGAUUCGUCCUCAUAUUCCCGAGUCCCAAGUCGUGGGAGCUCUAUUCGCAGUACUUGGAUCCCGUGACGGGAAUACCGAUAGUGUCGGAUCCCCUUGGGCCCGCCAGAGUGCAGCAGGCCACCAGUACCAAUCACAAUUUGAUGCUGCACGAGCAGCUGUUCCCCGCUGCAAGUCGCGCAGCUGGUUACAUUGUUCCGGAUGUCAAGCUGGAUCGGCUCUCGAGGUUCGAAAGAUACGAGAGAGCGUUGGUGAAGGGGCACAAGCAGAGCUUGGAUCGAAACGAUAGCAAGGAAAAUUUAGACAAUACCGAUACCCACAAGUACAAAAGCCAAGUCAUGCAAAUGAUGCAUGAGGGAAAUAAAUUGAGUUCCGGGGAAGCCAGGAAAGCUUUCGGCCACUAUUUGAGCCACGUGUUGCGCAAAAUAUCCCAGCAGAAUCCCGAUUUUGUCUGUUGCGAUCUCGUCUCCAAAUUCCUGCAGCAAUCGGCCAAUAAUUUACGAACGCCUUUCAUGUUCACUCUGCCAAACAGUAAACUGGGUGACAAAGAUAGAGCUGCCGUCACGGCUAAGCAACUGUCGGACUUUCUCUACCUUUACAAUAGAGAGACUGAUCUGUACGCGGACAGCGUCGAUAGACCAAAGACAGUACCUAAUAGAUUAUUUCAAAAAUUUCUCCUGUCUGGGGGCGAGGAGGAUCUCGACGACGUGCUCAUACUGCAGACCAAACUGUACAACUGUGCCCACACGUUUUUGGGUCGCAGUAGUUUCGCCGGGAGCUUGCGAGGUACCAAUCUCCUGGGCUCCCUACCACACAUCACCUCGAGGGUGCACAUUAACGCCACAGUCGCGGAACAAUGCAAGUGCAAUCAGUCGAGCGAACGAUCAAACAGGCUCGCCAGGGCAUAGUUGGCUCUGCUGACUCGGAGUCAAAUUGUAGUUUAAGCGUCGCGAAGAUAGCCCAUUUCGGGAUGAGAGAGUACAGAGAGACGAUGAUAAUAAAAUUUCAAACGAUCGGAUUUAAUUUUUUUCUUUCUGUGCGUCUUCAUCAUUUUGUAGAUCUGGUCUUUGGCACACUAUUUUGCGCUUGGACUAAGGAGUGCGCCGAGUUUUUUUUUCGCCCGUGUAUCGUUCAUUGCUCUUGCGAGAUAAAGACUAAGUAACUUAAUUGAUUUGCACGAGUUUUUUUUUUUUUUUUUUUUUUUUUUUUUUUUUUUUUUUUU